AUGCCCAACCAAGUGCAGCAACCAAGUACAACAACCAAAAACAUUCAACCAAGUGCAACAAUUGACAACAACCAACCAAGUGCAACAACCAACCAAGUUCAACAACCAACAACAACCAAGUACAACAGCAACAACCAACGAAGUGCAACAGCCGGCAACAACCAACCAAAAGCAACAAUGAACCAAGUUCAACAACCAACAACAACCAAGUUCAACAACAACAACCAACGAAGUGCAACAGCUGACAACAACCAAGUGCAACAACCAACAACUCCCAACCAAGUGAAACAACCAAGUGCAGCAACCAACCAAGUGCAACAGCCAACCACAGGCAUCACAAAGUACAGCAACCAACAGAAACCAAGUGUAAAAAACAAAGUGCAUCAACAAAGUGAAACAGCCAACAACAACCAACCAUGUGCAACAACCAAGUGCAACAACCAACCAGCUACCAAGUGCAAUAACAACCUAGUGCAACAGCCAAGUGCAACAUCCAACCAAUUGAAACAUCCAAGUGUAACAACCAACCAAGAACAACAUCAAACAAAAUCAAGCAAGUGCAAUAUCCAACCACAACAACCAAGUGCAACAAAAAACCAAGUGCAACAUCCAACCACAUCAACCAAGUGCAACAACUAUCCAAGUACAACAUCAAACCACAUCAACCAAGUGCAACAAUCAUCCACAACAACCAAAUACAACAACCAACCAAAUGCAACAUCCAACAUCCAACAACAACAACCAAGAACAAAAACCAACCAAGUACAACAAACAAGUACAAAAACCAACCAAGUACAACAUCUAACCACAACAACCAAGUACAACAACCAACCAAGUAAAUACAUCAAACAACAUUCAAGUGCAACACAUCCAACCAAGUGUAACAUCCAACCACAUCAAUCGAGUGCAACAUCCAAGUGCAACAUCCAACCAUAA